AUGGAGAAUGGUGGAGGCUCGAAACUAACCGGGAUUAAGCAAAUUGCGAGACUAAAAGAAAUAAUUCAUAAAUGGCGAAGUGUCACAAUCGGCUCAAAAACUCCCCGCCUGAAAAUGGAAGAAACCAAUGGUAGCAUAUCACCAAUAAUUCACAGAAGAAUAACACAUAUCAUAAAUUGUGACUCUGAUGAGGAAAGCUGCAAAAGUCCAGAACCACCACAUGAUGUGCCAAAAGGUUACUUGGCGGUCUACGUUGGCCCCGAGCUUCGACGGUUCAUUAUUCCAACUAGCUACCUUAGCCAUUCCCUAUUUAAAAUGUUGCUUGAAAAGGCUGCUGAGGAAUUCGGAUUUGAUCAGAGCGGCGGGCUCACGAUACCGUGUGAGAUUGAGACCUUUAAAUAUCUUCUCAAAUGCAUUGAGGCCCAAGAGAAAGAAGAACAGCAUGAUGACAGCUUGUCUGGAAACUCAGAAACAGGAGAAUCCUUGGAAGAGUAA